AUGUUUCAGCGCAGUGUCCUUGUCCUGGUUUCGGCGCUUUCGUUGACAAAGGCCUCUCUGCUACAGAAGGUGUUUCUUCCCAGACUUCUGGAUUUAGACUGGCCCCAAAACUGUGGCGUUCCUUACUUCCAGCCCAAUAUAUUUGCGAAGAUUAUAUCCGGCAACGAAGCAAGGCCGCAUUCUUGGCCUUGGCAGGUCUCUUUACAGGCUCGCUCUAAGCCAAGUGAUAAAUUUGUUCAUGUCUGUGGUGGCACCCUCAUUCACAAACGCUGGGUCCUCACUGCGGCUCACUGCUUCCAGAAGGGACUGGCGGAAGAUGUUAUGAACUGGCGCGUUCUUCUGGGCAAGCACAACCUUAAGUACCUGGAAUCUACUGAAAGAAGCUACCGGGUGAAACGAAUCUAUCGGCAUGAAGAUUUCCACUAUCCUCAGCGAAGCGAGCUUGAGUAUGAUGUUGCUUUGAUCAAGACUAUGGAAGACAUUCCGGCCAACAAGUUCAUCCGCUACGCAUGCCUGCCAAAGACAGAAGCCUUUCUCCGCCCAGGGCAUUCCUGCUGGGUGACUGGUUGGGGAUGUACAAGAGGUAGAAAAGAAAACUUGACUCUGGCUGAAGUUCUUAACCAAGCCAAAUUGUCAGUCAUAGAUUUCAACACGUGCCAUCACAAGAAAUUCUGGGGAGACAAAAUACAACCAUCGAUGCUUUGCGCUGGAUCGAGAGACACUGCAAAGGCUCCUGCGGCCUGCCAGGGGGACUCUGGAGGCCCACUCGUUUGUCAGAUCAGGAAAGAUUCAUGGGAAGUGCAUGGCGUCGUCAGCUUUGGACCAGUUGGCUGCCAGGUACAGAACAAGCCCACUGUCUUUACUCGGACAUCUGCAUUCAUUCCUUGGCUUGAAGCGACGAGGAUGCGAGAUUUCUUUUUGUGA